UUUUAUCACUAUGCCUAUGCACAGAGCGAUAAUCUGGUUAAUAUUGAGUACUUUUUUUACUACUAUUGAGUUUUUUGUCCUUUUUAAAUCAAGUUUCGCUUAUUCCAUCACUAAUUUGACUAUAAUAGUCCACGAUGCCGAGCAAGUAUUCUUUGGGACAAUGCUGAGAACAAUUCUCGAGCGGGUUCGUAUAGUAAAGGCGCAUGUAAUAAAUGUGUGCGAUAGGACUUCUCAAGAGACAAGAAAGCGUAAGAAUCUAGAAAAGGUGGAAGCUUUAUCGAGGAAGUCUCAACACGGUAUAAGUUCCUUGCACGAGGUGUACGAGUCCUUACACAAAUGCUCCGAACAACUUAACUCAAUGAUGAGCUUUCCGAUGAUGACGAUACUGCUGGCAUCUGGGCUGUCGACAAUAAUCUUGUUAAAAUACGCAUUCUCAAUUUUUCAAGCCAAUGACGAGUCACAAGAUAUGCUGUUACUGGUAUACGUCUUUAUCAGAUGUUUUAAGUACACAAUUUUGGUGAUUAUACCGUGUUAUUACUCGAGCAAGACCACAACGCAAGUCUCCAUCAUACGGAAAACUCUUCACGAUGCGCUGAACAGUGAUCAGUACGUAUUUGUUACAGAUAAGAUAGACUGCCGCCGUCUGAAGGCGUUCUUCCAGCUGACCCGUGACAGUGAGUUUGCGUAUGCGCUAUGGGGCGUGAUCAACCUCAACAUGUCGCUGCCGCUCAGUUACAUCAGCCUUUGCACCACAUACUUAGUCAUCAUCAUACAGUUCUCCAAGUUCAUUGACUAAUGCCAUCAGAUAACGACUACGUCCGUGCCGUGGGAUA